UUCUUACCACACUCGAGAGUAGAAGAGAAAAGUCAUGGCUGACAGGAUUCUGAAGGAGAAAUGGAGCCAAUUUAUCCAUUCAAUGGGCACAGGCACAACAAAUGGCUUGCUCGAUGAACUGUUGGAGAAAAGAGUGCUGAACCAGGAAGAAAUGGAGAAAAUAAGAGUUGAAAAUGUGACAGCAAAGGAUAAGGCGCGAGCUUUGCUAUCUUCUGUCAUUCCAAAAGGGCCGGAAGCAUGCCAAAUUUGCAUCAGUCACAUUUGUGAAAAUGACUAUCAUCUCGCUGGACUGCUGGGGCUUUCCUCAGGUGUUCAAUUUGAAAAUCACCUUGAUACAAAAGACUCUAUGGAGAUAUCUUCUUCCUCUUCAGCUCCACAAGCUAUGCAGGACACUGGAGUACUCACAUUCUCGGGUCCAGUAGGGGGCCUCAAACUCUGCCCAUUAGAGACAUUCCAGAAGAUGUGGAAAGACAAGUCAGAAGAGAUUUAUCCAAUGAUAAUGAAAAGUCCAGCCCGCACCCGUCUUGCCCUCAUUAUCUGCAACACAGAUUUUGACAAUCUUCCCAGAAGGGCUGGAGCUGAUGCUGACAUCAGAAACAUGAAGACGCUGCUAACAGGUCUGGGGUACAGUGUGGAUGUGAGAGAAAACCUCAAUGCUUUGGACAUGGCUACAGAGCUGAAGGCAUUUGCUGACCGCCCGGAACACUGCUCUUCUGACAGUACUUUCCUAGUCUUCAUGUCUCAUGGAACUAGGGCUGGUAUUUGUGGGAAGAAUUACUCUGAGCAAUGUGCAGACAUACUAAAUGUCAACACUAUCUUUGAGAAGUUAAAUACCAAGAACUGUCCGAAUCUGAAGGACAAACCCAAGGUGAUCAUCAUUCAAGCCUGUCGUGGUGAAGAUGACAAUUUCAAAAAUCCACUUAAGGUGCUGGAAUCUAUGGGAAAAACUGUUGCAACUAGUUUUAUGGAUAAUUUGGUGAAAAAAAAUGUGCUGAAAUUAGAGAAAGAAGAAAAGGAAAAGUUUUAUAAUGCCAAAACACAUGAAAAGGCCCAGAUCUUGAUGUCUUCUAUGCGGGAUAAGCACCAUGAGAACAGUCAAAAGUUUUAUCAAACCUUUUUAAACAUUGGACAAAACUCUACUGAAAUCCAAGAGAAUAUCCUAGGAUUCUGGAGAUCUCCUGAGGGGCUGAAUUUCCUGGAAUCUGGAAAGGAGAGCUUGUUGUCCCUGCAUGGCUUUCAGAACAAAUUCUCAAAAGUGUUUCCAGAAACCAAGACUAUACCAGAAAACUUAGAAGAAGCUACAGCUACUCUCAAGCUCUGUCCUUCUGAAGACUUUCUGAAGCUGCGUAAAGAAAAAGCUGAAGAGAUCUACCCAAUAAAGGAGAGAAAGGAUCGCACUCGCCUGGCCCUCAUCAUAUGCAAUAUAGAGUUUGACCACCUUCCUCUGAGAACUGGGGCUAAUCAUGACAUCGCAGGGAUGAAGAAGUUGCUUGAGGACCUGGAUUAUUCUGUGGAUGUUAAAGAGAAACUCACAGCCAAGGAUAUGAAAUCAGUGCUGCAGGAGUUUGCUGCUCGGCCUGAGCACAGUUCCUCAGACAGCACAUUUGUGGUGCUCAUGUCUCACGGCAUCCUGGAUGGCAUCUGUGGAGUUAUGCACAGUGACAAAAAAGAAGAUGUGCUACCUUAUGACACGAUCUUCCAGAUACUCAACAACCGCAACUGUGUCAGUCUGAAGGACAAACCCAAGGUCAUCAUUGUACAGGCCUGCAGGGGUGCAAACCGUGGAGAAAUUUGGGUUAGUGACUCUCCAACGACCAUGGCUGACAGCUCGUCAGAGUCACCCGAGAGCCUGCAGGAUGAUGCCAUUUACAAGACCCAUGUGGAGAAGGACUUCAUUGCCUUCUGCUCUUCCACGCCACAUAAUGUGUCCUGGAGAGACGUCAGAAAGGGCUCUCUCUUCAUCACACAGCUCAUCUCUUGCUUCCAAAAGUAUUCCUGGUGCUGUCACCUAGAGGAAGUAUUUAGGAAGGUCCAACAGUCAUUUGAAAAGCCACGCGUUAAAGCACAAAUGCCCACCAUCGAGCGACUGUCCAUGACAAGAUAUUUCUACCUCUUUCCUGGAAACUGAAAAUAACCCCAGUGCGAUAAUACUGCUUCCUGGCAGGGAUGAGGAGUAUUUUAAAGGACGUGCCACUCUGAAAAAGAGGUGUGGAAGAAGCCAAACUAAUUAUGUGCAAUAUGUACUAAUCUCACCAAUUAGAUAAAUUACUUUGCUCCCCAUUGUGAGACAUUAACAGAAGGCUAGAAAGAUGGACAGAAGUUACCCUCCUAGUUUAGAUUCCUCCUUUUAGUACAAAUGAGUGCCUCCUUUAUAGGCC